UAUGAGACUCUGAAACCUAAUUUCUCAUUCUCAAUGUAGAGCCUGCAUAUUGUUUAUAAUUUGAGCCUUGAGGUAUCUGUUAAAAAGUCUAUGCAGAUUCAUGGGUAGUUGGGGAAGAGUGGGUCCUUCUUGAUAGAUUUGUUUGCCAUGGCUGAGUUUGAGAGUCUGUGAAAGAUGUGAUAUCAGAAGUAGAAAGCAUGCAAGGUGUUUGAUAAAAUGCCUGAGUGAGAAUUGGUUUCCUGAAACACAGUGGUUUCUGGGUAUAAAGAUAGAUUGGAUUGGCGAGGAUGGUAUUAGACAUGGUUUGUAGAAUCUGAAGCCUGGUGUUAUCACCAUUGUUGCUUUGAGUGACAAGGUGAUUAGGGAUCUCUUGUCAAUGCCUUCAAGGAUUUGCUAGACAGCUCUUUAAUGGUAUGCUAUUCAUGGGGUUCGAUGAUUGACGGGGUAUGUGCAGAAGGAGAAUUCUAAAGAUGCAAUUUUGUAACUUUAUGGUUUGCAUCCUUUGUGCUUACGUCAACGACCAGGACCUGGUGGCCAGGACCCUUGUAUCUUGGACACAAUGAUAUUUAAAAUUAGAUACAUUUUCAUUGGUUAUGGGAUCAACAAAUGAAAAUAGUCUGUUCGUUACAUAUUUUGAUGCAUAUUUUCAUUGGUUAUGGGAUCAACAAGUUGAGGACCUGAAAAUGACACAAAUGUUUCAAUAUGAGGUCAACCGUUGCAUGGUUGAUUGGGUAAAAGGUUGGAAUUCUUUGGAGCCAACUGGUAAACAGAAGCAUUUCGUUUACUUAAUUCUGUAUUAUAAAACAAGGUCUAAGUUGACCGUGAAUUAAGUGAUGCAGUAUCUUGGAAGAUGGGUGAGCCUGUGGUCAACAUUGUUCAGAGGUGCUUGAGAAUCUUUCUCAUAAGUUCUGGAGCUUGUUUUCUUGGCUCACUUUCUCGUGUUUACAUGUUCCUUUCUUAUACUAAUCUGAAAGAGAUUGUUUUUGGAGACACAAGAACAAACAUGGGAAAGAUGAGGUUUUUCUUUGCGUGUUUGCUCUUGUUUACCAUGCUCUUAAGUUUUACCUACGCAGCUAUAACAACAGAAAGUCCUUUGUCAAUAGGACAAACUCUCAGCUCUUCUAAUAAUGUUUAUGAAUUGGGGUUCUUCAGUCCUAAUAACUCCCAGAGUUUGUAUGUUGGAAUCUGGUUCAAGGGUAUCAUUCCUCGGGUGGUUGUGUGGGUGGCCAAUAGAGAAAAUCCUGUUACAGACUCUACGGCAAAUCUAGCUAUCGGCAGCAAUGGAAGUCUUCUCUUAUCUAAUGGCAAACAUGGCGUUAUCUGGUCCAUUGGAGAAACUUUUGCAUCUAACGGGUCUCGUGCAGAGCUUUCAGACAGCGGAGAUCUUUUCCUCAUAGACAAUGCUUCAAGGAGAACUCUAUGGCAAAGCUUUGAGCAUCUUGGUGAUACUAUGCUACCUUACUCCUCAUUGAUGUAUAACCUAGCCACUGGUGAGAAGCGGGUGUUGACUUCUUGGAAAAGUUACACUGAUCCAUCACCUGGUGAAUUUGUGGGUCAGAUUACACCGCAAGUGCCAUCACAGGGGUUUAUUAUGAGAGGCUCGAAGCCUUAUUGGAGAAGCGGUCCAUGGGCUAAAACAAGGUUCACUGGCCUACCACUAACGGAUGAAUCAUACAGAAAUCCAUUUAGCCUUCAGCAGGAUGCAAACGGGUCAGGAUACUUUUCUCAUUUACAAAGAAACUACAAUCGUCCAUUUGUAGUAUUAACAUCAGAGGGAUCACUGAAGCUUACUCAGCAUAAUGGCACGGACUGGGUAUUGAGCUUUGAGGUUCCAGCUAACUCCUGCGAUUUUUACGGUAUAUGUGGACCUUUUGGGUUGUGUGUAAUGUCCAUUCCUCCAAAGUGUAAAUGUUUUAAAGGUUUUGUACCUCAAUACAGUGAGGAAUGGAAAAGAGGAAACUGGACUGGUGGCUGUAUGAGGCGUACUGAACUCCAUUGUCAAGGAAACUCUACUAGCAAAGAUGUAAACGUCUUAUAUCCUGUUGCCAACAUAAAGCCUCCAGACUUUUACGAAUUUGUGUACUCAGGGAGUGCAGAAGAAUGCUACCAAAGUUGCCUCCACAAUUGUUCGUGCUUGGCUGUAUCUUAUAUUCAUGGAAUAGGCUGCUUAAUGUGGAGCCAGGAACUAAUGGAUGUAGUGCAAUUCUCUGCGGGAGGAGAGCUUCUUUUCAUUCGUCUUGCACGUUCUGAAAUGGGUGGAAACUCGCGCAAGAAGACCAUUACUGCUAGUAUUGUCAGCCUUUCUCUUUUUGUGAUACUGGGUUCUUCUGCGUUUGGUUUCUGGAGAUACAGAUUGAAACAUAAUGUUUCAGCUAAUAUAUCAAAGGUUGUUUCACAAGGUGCAUUGAGGAAUGAUCUGAAACCAGAAGAUAUCCCAGGUUUAUAUUUCUUUGAGAUGAAGACCAUUGAAGUUGCCACCAAUAAUUUCAGUCUCUUAAACAAACUCGGACAAGGUGGAUUUGGUUCAGUUUACAAGGGAAAGCUGCAAGAUGGGAAAGAUAUUGCUGUAAAACGUCUUUCUAGCAGCUCCAGACAGGGCAAAGAGGAGUUCAUGAAUGAAAUAGUACUCAUCUCAAAACUCCAACACAGAAACUUGGUUCGGAUUUUGGGAUGUUGCAUUGAAGGAGACGAACGGCUAUUGAUUUAUGAAUUCAUGGUGAACAAGAGCCUUGAUACUUUUAUCUUUGAUUCAAGAAAAAGGCUUGAGAUUGAUUGGCCUAAGAGAUUCAAUAUCAUUCAAGGUAUUGCGCGUGGACUUCUCUAUCUCCACCGUGACUCACGCCUCAGGGUUAUUCACCGAGAUCUGAAGGUUAGCAAUAUUCUUCUCGAUGAAAAAAUGAACCCGAAAAUAUCAGACUUUGGAUUGGCUCGGAUGUAUCAAGGAACCCAAUAUCUGGACAAAACUCGCAGGGUUGUAGGAACUCUAGGAUAUAUGUCUCCUGAGUAUGCAUGGACUGGAGUUUUCUCUGAGAAGUCUGACACCUAUAGCUUCGGAGUUCUUUUGUUAGAAAUUAUCAGUGGAGAGAAGAUCUCAAGGUUUAGCGAUGAUGAAGAGUGCAAAAGCCUUCUUGCAUAUGCGUGGGAAUCUUGGUGCGGAAAUGGAGGAGUUGAUUUUUUGGAUAAAAAUGUGGCUGAUUCAUGUAACCCAUCUGAAGUUGGAAGGUGUGUUCAAAUUGGUCUGCUUUGUGUUCAACACCAACCUGUAGAGAGACCCAACACACUUGAGUUGUUGUCUAUGCUCACCACAACAUCAGAUCUUCCACCACCAAAAGAACCCACAUUUGCAGUCCAUACUAGCGAUGACGGAUCCCGUGCUAAUGAUUUGAUUACCGUCAAUGAGGUGACACAAUCUGUGGUGCUAGGGCGUUAAGAACAACGCUUUACCUUAAUUAAAAUGAUCAAAAUCGUUCAAUGUGUUGUAACUUGUACAUACAUUCAUUUUCAAUUAAAUCUUUUGUUUCUGUUAAUGCCUAAAGGGACUGUAUAUUGUUGAGUUCUGGUUUUGAGGCUUUACUUUAUGUCUGUCUUCUAUUGGGUCUUGGCAUUUAUGCUCUCGCUGGUGGCACUGACACAGCCAAACGUUUCUGUUUAAAUUGGCGAUUUUGAGUAGAAGCACGCGAUGUAAGUGUUCAGUGAAAUGCAUGCACAAGACUUAAGGUUUCAAAGGCUGGAAAAUCCAAGAAUCCCAGCUCUUUCCAAGUCCAAGUAGAUUUAUAAUUCUCUUGAGAAGCUGAAUCAUAAUCUUUUUACUUUGUCUUGAAUUGCUCUUUGAUUUUGCUUUAGGAUGUUAGCUAACACUUCUCCUCUUUGUACACCCUUUUCCCUGUGAAUUUUCUGAGCUACAGUUUCAUUUUUUUCAUUUGUAGCAUAUUGAGGAUUUAACACAAGAAAAGUUUUCGCUGCAAAGGGAUCUUGAUGCUUCACAUGCACUGGCAGAAUCCUUAGCAUCAGAAAAUUCUUCGAUGACAGACACUUAUAACCAGCAGCAGACUUAUAGUCCAGAUUCUUUGCGGCUACGUUACUCUUCCUCUAUAUGCUCUUGUUACUCACACACAAAAACACAUAAAAGAUUGAAACUUUCAAUUUCAAAAUCUGAUUUUUUUGAAUCUUGUUGAACUUUUAGUCAAGUUUGGUUCAAAGAUGACACACACACACUGACACACACACACAAACACAUAAGAUUGAAACUUUUCAAUUUCAAAAUCAAACAUUUUUAAAUCUUGAUUCAAUUUUUG